GGCGGGUUGGGAGGCAUUGGCUGGCGAGAGAAGCGGCGGUUAAUAGUCGGUUGUGGGGGGAGGGUCGCGAGGGCAAGAGCCAAUUAGCACCCACCGUAGCAUGCUUAGCGGCGCGAGCCGGAGGCUGCAGUCAGCGACCGUUACGGGGCGGAGAGGGGAGCGCGCGAGGCAACGAACGUGACUUGGUCGUGGGCCGCCUUGAGCUGAAAGCGGGAAAGAAAGGAGGGGUGGGGGGAAUAGGAGCCUGAACUCAGGGAAAUGUGAAUGGGUAUAACUUGCGAGGCAAAAGUGACUAUUCCCUCCCCAAUCAUAAAACGUUGACCCGCUUACAGUGACUGUACAACUGUGCCUCUGCCAGUUUCUCUUUCGUUAGCAAAAGAGCCUCCCUUUGCCCCCGUUUUGGUCUCCCCGUCGUUUAUGGCUACUUUUCUGCCAACAAUUCCUCUCCAUUUUCGUGCUUUUACCAUGUGUUUCUUCCGUCUCUAGAAAAGUCUUGUCACAUUUAAUGCCGCCUCAUUUCCAUUAGGAGAGCCAUUUGGUUUGGGGGCAAAUCCAACAUGACUGACGGGUGAUAUAGGCUUCCCUCACAGGAUAACCUUGCUCGGAGUCCUUGGGCUGUCAGACCCCUGGUUUUUUUUUGUGUUUUUUAGCCCGGGGGAGGCAACCCUCUCAUCUAUCUAAACUUUGUGUGUGGAAGUAUGGAGAUCUAGAAGCAAGUUGGGAAAGGGAGGCAGCUAUGGAAGCUAGUAGAAAUCCCUGUGCUAAGAGUGAGCAGCUCUGAUUUGAGUAAAAUUAUAAUGAAUGUGUAGUUUUGAAGGUGCACCACAAAUCUCAAUAUCUGUCUGGCAUGGAGCAGGAGACUGUGGCCUUGACACCACUUGGGGAGACUUCAGAAAGCUUGUGUGAGCCAGAAGCCAGAGAAAAGUCAAUAAUUACUGUAGCUUUCUUAAUAACUGCAGCAAUGAUUACAUUUAUAUAUCCCUAUGUUGUUGGUGGAAAAAUAAAACCCACUUAGAUUAAAAGCACCCACGUACGAGGAAACAUUUGUUUCCUAAGCAGGCCUUCCUCAUAAACUAAUGUUCAGCCACAAUUCUCAUUUGGCAAUUCCAGUAAUUUGUUUCUGCAAAAUUGAACAUGUGUUCCUAGUAUAGCGCACUCUUAAGUUUUUUUUUUUACUCGCUGUGGGCUAAUUUGUUUAAAAUAGUGAAGAUUGGGGGAAUCUCUCAGCAUAAAGAGAGAUGAAAUGGAAUGAUCUUCAUGUUGCUUCCACUUCAGUAUGCUUAUGUUAACCUUGCCUUUGUAGUAGAUCUAAUAAAAGUUUAUAAUAAUCUCCACCCACCAAUUAGCUCUUUGAAAUGCAACUGUGACUGUCCUUGCAAUCUAUUUUUGUUGCAUCAUAUUUUAAAUCCACCUUGAUCCCAAAUGCUUGAGUCUGGUGACUGUAUGUUAGUCACAAAACUUCUGAUCUUUCACCCACUUGCACCUGAUGCUAAUCUUCCAUCUAACACUGUCAGCGACUGAAGGCUUAAAUAGAAUAUGCAUCCUGCAGGUGCAAGCCUGCACUAUUUGUUGCAAGUCAACUUGGUCCCACCUCCAGGAUCUAUGCCGUUUGGAAAAGGUGUGCUGCUCCACCUUGGGUAUUACCAGAAAAAACCUCUGUGAUUUUGAAGUGGAGUAUCUAUGUGACUACAAGAAAGCCCGGGAUGAGGAAUACUACCUGGUGAAGUGGCGGGGCUACCCUGAGUCAGAGAACACUUGGGAACCCAGAAAGAAUCUGCGCUGUAUCAGUAUACUCAAACAGUUCCACUGGGACCUAGAGCAGGCAUUGAUCCGGCGAGGAGGCAAGCUCAGAAAGAAUAUGCGCUUGCUUGACCAAGGCAUCUCCAACUACCUGGUGCAGAAGGCCAAACAACGGCGGGCUUUGCGGUAUUGGGAAUAUGAGCUGAAUGCCAAGCGCAACCACAAGGGACGCAUUGUGGUAGAGAAUGAGGUGGACCUGGAUGGGCCUCCCCGGGACUUUGUCUACAUUAAUGAGUACAAGGUUGGGGAGGGCAUCACUCUCAACCAGGUGGCUGUGGGCUGUGAGUGCUUGGACUGUCUGUCAGAAGCAGCAGGGGGUUGUUGCCCUGGUGCCUCACACCAUAAAUUUGCCUAUAAUGAGUUGGGCCAGGUGAAGAUCAAGGCUGGCAUGCCCAUCUAUGAGUGCAAUUCUCGCUGCAGCUGUGGGAUUGACUGCCCCAACCGUGUGGUGCAGAAAGGCAUUCGUUACGACCUUUGCAUUUUCCGGACUGAUAAUGGACGUGGCUGGGGUGUGCGCACACUGGAGAAGAUCCGCAAGAACAGCUUUGUCAUGGAAUAUGUAGGAGAGAUAAUUACAUCAGAGGAAGCUGAACGGCGGGGUCAGAUCUACGAUAGACAGGGUGCCACUUACCUGUUUGACCUUGACUAUGUAGAAGAUGUAUACACGGUGGAUGCUGCAUACUACGGCAAUAUUUCACAUUUUGUCAACCACAGUUGUAAUCCCAACCUACAGGUGUACAACAUCUUCAUUGAAAAUUUGGAUGAGCGGCUGCCACGCAUUGCCUUCUUUGCUACUCGACCUAUCCGUGCUGGUGAGGAACUCACCUUUGACUACAAUAUGCAAGUGGACCCAGUAAAUGCAGAAAGCACAAGGAUGGACUCUAAUUUUGGCCUAGUAGGAGGCCUGGCUGGCUCUCCAAAGAAGCGGAUGCGCAUCGAGUGUAAAUGUGGCACAGAAUCUUGUCGGAAAUACCUCUUCUAGUCUCUUGCCAGUUUUGCUUGGAAGAUGGCUUCCAGUCCCAGUUUAACUAGACAAGGACAAGCUGGCAGUUGCUGAAAGACUGAAAACAGGGGGUAAGAGUCAGGAACUUACCUGCUUGAAAAACAAAUUACCAGGACUAUGAACUGCAAAGAGGGCAAUAACUGACAUUUCUUAUGCUAUCCAGCCUUGCUUGGCUGCUUCUUCCUGCCGAUUGGAAUAUUCUUACAGCAGCUGACUGUUCAGUAGGCAGAUUGGUUUGACUCGUCAAGCUAGCUGCUGAGGUGCUGGUUGGAAAAACACCAUAGAACUCUCAUCAUAAAUCUGGAUCUCUUAUCAGAACUUACAGAUUCUUACUAUUUUAAAGGUUUGAUGCAAAUGCAACAAGGCAGAGAACACUGGCUAAUUUCUUCAGUGUGGUUUUCUAAGGGAUACAAGUCUUGGUUUUAAAGAAGCGCUUCCUAGCUGCCUUUAUGGAUAGGUGGGCAAACACAGCCGUUUUUUAAAUGGAUUUACCUGCGCACAGACUGUGUAUUACCUCAGUGUGCCACAUGACUGCUGUCCUCUUCUAUACAUCCAUGGAAUUUCCAGUGAGGAUGGGAGAGAGGCCCAUAUAAUUUGUACUUGAAGUCGCACUUAAUAUCCAUCGUAGCCCUAUGCAAACUGGAAAGCCACAGUGUUGCCUCUUUUAACUAAUGCAUUUAUUUUUAAGAGGAUGUUUUUAAAUAUAUAUAUAUAUUGGAAGUGGGUUGGGGCAAAAAAUCUAGCUUCUACAAACAAAUGUAUUUUGGAAGCUGUGAUGAAGCUUUUGAAUUAUGACUCAUGAAGUGAAUUAA